AUGGUGGAAUCAGACGAUCUUCUGAUUAUGUCCAAGAAGACAGGCCAAAUCAUGAAAGAGAAGCAGGGCUUUGCACCGUCUGAGAAGGAUGAUGAGCCUGCUAAGCAAUAUGAUGGAAAGUAUUAUACUUUCAUAGAUUUCAAACCAGACCUGAAAAAAUGGUCUGAGAUGGAUGAUCAAAGUUGGAGUUUGAUUAUUGGAUUUGUUCUGAUCAGAGUGUUAUCGCCAUUAAUUCUCGUAUUACAUACAGUUUUUACAUUUGGCUACAUGUGGUUCAAAUUUAGAUUAAGAUUAGAUAACCCGGUUCUUGCCAAGAUUUAUCCAUAUCUCAUGACUUGGUUAUGUCUGGAUUUACUUAUAGUCCAGUUCGGUAACAAGUGGUUGUUUAGCCACAAUUACUACAGGUUACGGAAUAGGGAUUAG